AUGGAUAAAUCUUCGAAAACGCCAAACUUUCUGUUUAUUCUCGCAGAUGAUCUGGGGUUCUCCGACAUAGGCUGCUAUGGCUCUGAAAUCCACACGCCCAACAUUGAUAGACUCGCCGCGGAAGGCGUGCGCAUGCUCAAUCAGCAUACUGCAGCCGCCUGCUCCCCGACUCGAGCAAUGCUUCUCAGUGGAACAGAUGCGCAUCUGGGGGGACUAGGCACACUGAUCGAAUUCAAACAAAAUGCCAAAGGCUCUGAGCGGUGGUCAGGCAAAGCUGGCUACGAGGGAUUUCUGAAUCGUGACGUGGCUGCCUUGCCCGAGAUACUUGAGGACAAUGGAUAUUUUACUGCGAUUUCCGGAAAGUGGCAUCUGGGUAUGCGAACGUCACAAGGACCAUGGGAGCGCGGCUUCCAGAAGGCAUUUGCAAUGCUUCCGGGGUGCUGUAACCACUAUGGAUGGGAGCCAGUUCAGGAGAGGUUCCCCGUUGGGGGCCGACCGAUUCAUGCCGAGAUGGGACAGAAAGUAGACAUAACACCGAACAAGACCGAGGAUGAUAAAGGAUUCUACUCGACAGACUACUAUACAGAUCGGCUGAUUGAAUAUCUCAAAGAGCGAACUGAAGAGGAGGAAUCGAAGCCAUUCUUCUCGUUCCUACCAUACACCGCGCCACACUGGCCUUUGCAGUGCUCCCGCGCCCAGCGUGAUAAGUACAAAGGGGUUUAUGACGACGGCCCGUAUGCCCUACGAGAGCGACGAUUGAAAAAGCUCGUCGAAUUAGGCAUCAUCGACAAGGACAUUGUACCACACAAGGUGGAGACAAGUGAAGUGGGAGCUGAAGAAUGGGAUUCUCUCUCCCCAGAAGAAAAGAAGCAAUCGACCCGUGCGAUGGAGACAUACGCAGGCAUGGUUGACUCUAUCGAUAUCAACGUUGGAAAAGUCAUCGAGUACCUGAAGACCACAGGCGAGUAUGACAAUACCUUCAUUGUUUUUAUGAGUGACAAUGGGGCAGAAGGAGCAGCAUUGGAAGCUAUUCCUGUCUUGGGUAGGGAUAUCAAAUCUGCAAUUCGCGAAUACUAUGAUAACUCAUACGAGAACAUCGGGGCAUACAACUCAUACACCUGGCUUGGUCCCCUUUGGGCACAAGCAUCGACUGCACCUUCAAGACUCUUCAAAGGCUUUCCAUCAGAGGGAGGUAUUCUAGUUCCUUGCGUGAUCAAGCCCCCGACAAGCAGUUUUCCCCGGUUGUCUCCAGGGUCUUUCAACAGGUCCUUCACAACGGUCAUGGACUUUGCUCCCACGUUCCUUGAUCUGGCUGGUGUGACCUUACCUCAGGCUACGACCAAUGGCGUCCGAGCGAUGACAAAAUUCCGCGACAGAGAUGUGCACGCCAUCCGAGGCAAGUCAUGGGUGCCAUUCUUCCGUCACGGCGAAACCGUCGAAGGGGAAGAGAUAUGGGCGAUUCAUUCGUCCUCGGAGGCUAUUGGAUGGGAGCUUCAUGCGCGUGCGGCGUUGCGCAAGGGCGACUGGAAGAUCGUGCACUUUGCAAAGGCACAAGGUGGUGCUGGCGAGGGGGAUGGCGGAUGGGAAUUGUUUAACGUGGCACAGGACCCCGGCGAGACAACUGACUUAGCGCAGGAUGAGCCUGAAAAGCUUCAUGAAUUGCUCAAAUGCUGGGAUGAGUAUGUGGUCGAGUGUGGAAUUGUCUGGGGAGAAGGGGCUGUGACGCCAGGACUGAGUAGAGAUGAAGCACCGGAGCUGUGGGAGGAUGAGAUGGAGUUGCAAAAAUGCUGGAUGGACGCUCGUGGGGGAACACGACCUGGUUGCUGA